AUGGGCGACGUAUUCGGAGGCUUUAGGCCGAAGCCUAGCGACAUUUUGAUAGCCAUCAUGGGAAUGACCGGGUCUGGAAAAAGCACAUUUAUCGCGCUGUGCACUGGACAAGAUGUUCCCGUCGGCCAUGAUUUGCAAGCUUGUACACAACACGUCACUGCAUACCAAUGCAAAUGGUCAGAUACCUCUGAUAUAUAUCUUCUGGAUACUCCGGGGUUUGAUGACACGAAUCGAUCAGACACCGAAGUUCUCAAAGAGAUAGCCUUAAGUCUUGCCAAGACAUAUGAAGACAAUGCCAAACUGAGCGGGAUCCUAUACCUUCAUAGGAUCACAGAUCGUCGCAUAGGCGGAUCUGCUCAGAAGAAUCUCAUGAUGUUUCGGAAGCUCUGUGGCAAGGACAGUCUCAAGAACGUUAUUCUCGUAACUACUAUGUGGGAAGGCGAGGAUGCAGCAACAGGGGAAAAACGAGAGCAAGAGCUGGUCGCCACGGAUGGUUUCUGGGGAGCCCUGGUCGAAGAAGGCGCUCAAGUCAGUCGUCAUAAUAACACCCGCUCAUCCGCCAUGUCCCUACUCAAAACUGUUGCCAAAAACAAUCGAGUUACCAUUUCCAUUCAAAAGGAGAUGGUCAGUGAGCAUAAAGAUCUCAAUGAGACUCAGGCGGGCAUUGGCCUCAACUCGAACAUCCUUCUAGCUGAGCAGAGGGUCAUGAAGGAGAUGUCAGAAGCACUCGAAAUGGAGAGGCAAGCCAGGAGGGACCAGGACGAAAAGUCGGCCGAAGAACAACGCCAAUAUCGCGAGACAAUGCAAAAGAAGUUUGAUCAUCUUAAUCAAGAACGAGAGAACCUCAAGGUAAGCCUUGAAGAAAUGAAGGAACAGAGACGUCGCUUUAAAGUCUUGGAGGGCAAGUAUAAGGAAAGUAAAGAGCGAAUGCGCCAACAAGAUAAGAAGAUCGAGAGUCUGGAAGAGCAACGCAAGCUCCGAGAGCAUGAGAUGCUCCAACGAACCGAAGAGGCCACCAAGGAACUAGCGAGCCUCCGCCUCCAGCUUAGUGUAAGAGGCAAUACUCCAACAGGAAUCUCAAGUGUGAAACCUCGAAGUUCAGGGUCUCGUUAUGUAAAGGGCGACGAGGACGUUACGUUGUUCCUAUCAGGAAGGGACUUCUUCUUUGGAGGUAAAGGGGAAAGCUUCAAGUAA